AUGUCAUUCCUUACGGGCACUUUGUCGGGCGCCCUGGUUGCCGGUGGUGUCUAUUAUGGAUUCUCAAACCUAAUCAAAUCACAAACCGAAGCGCACCGCACAGACAUGCGCGUCCUUGCGCACACGUUGACUGCACCACCGCGUGUACCCGGACCCCCGCCCGCCGCAGAGCGCGUUGCACAGAGACCUAUGCGCUCGCUACUUGAGCGUCGUUGGAACGAACAAGUAGAAGGGAUUUUCAAAACAUUCUGGAGAUGGGAGAAAGACGCGAUGGGCGUUGGGAGAAAAUGGCUAUACGGUUCUCCUGCAUCAUCAUGACGCAUCGUAUGAUAGACAUUCAUUUUACUUUUACUUUCUUUCGUUGUAGUUUAUUACAGAGAACGAAGGUGCAAGAUCGGC